CACAAUGAAUAGGUUGAUAAGCUUAGAACCCUCAAAUCUAGUAACCAUAAGAGUAGAGCAUGGCCAAAAAUGUCAUGGAAAAAUCACCUUAAACAAUGUUAUGUACACUAUGCCUGUGGCCUUCAGAUUCCAACCACUCAUCAAAACCCGUUACUCUAUCAAACCCCAAUCAGGGAUUAUUCCACCUCUCGAGAAAUUAACGGUCGAGAUCGUUUAUCAUCUCAAUCCGGGAUCCGACGUUCCAGAUUUGUUUCCUUAUUCCAAUGAUUCUUUUCUGUUACACAGCGUUGUGGUCCCGGGUGCAACCGCUAAAGACUACUCAAACUCAUACGACGCCGUUCCGAACGAUUGGUUUACAGCUAAGAAAAAACAAGUGUUUACUGAUAGUGGUAUUAAGGUUAUGUUUGUUGGCUCGGCUGUUCUGGCUCGGCUCGUGGCUCACGGCUCCAUGGAUGAGAUUCGUGAUGUUUUGGAAAAGAGUGAUUCUUCUUGGAGAGCCGCUGAUUCUGUUGACAAUGAGGGGAAUAGCUUACUUCACUUGGCUAUAUCGCAAAGCCGAGCUGAUCUUGUUCAGCUCAUUCUCGAGUUCGAUCCCGAUGUCGAGGCUCCGAGCCGGCUCGGGUAUAGCCCGAUCGAGGCUGCCGUGGAGUCCGGGGAAGCGUUGAUUGUUGAGCUUUUGUUGGCUAGGAAAGCGAGCACGAAUAGGUCGGCGAAUUCGACUGCGGGUCCUAUCCAUUUGGCCGCCAGAGGCGGCCAUAUGGAUGUUUUAAGGCUUUUGAUUUUGAAAGGAGCUGAUGUUGACGCCCUGACUAAGGACGGCAACACAGCUUUACAUCUCGCUGUUGCUGAGCAGCGGCGAGAUUGUGUGAGACUUUUGCUUGCAAAUGGGGCUAACCCGAAUGUUCGCGAUACUUUUGAUGGGGAUGCGCCGUUGCAUGUUGCAGCGGCGCUUGGUGAUGAGUAUUUAGUAAAGCUUUUGCUUCAAAAAGGCGCGAAUAAGGAUGUUAGGAACCGCGUUGGCCGUACGGCCUACGAUAUGGCAGCCGAGAACGGCCACACUAAACUUUUUGAUGCUCUUAAGCUCGGGGAUAGCCUUAGUCUUGCGUCGAGAAAAGGGGAAGUAAGGACUAUGUUGAGACUUAUAGAGCAUGGCGCGGCCAUCAACGGCCGCGACCAGCAUGGUUGGACGGCUCUCCACCGAGCCUGUUUCAAAGGUCGGGUGGAGGCCGUUCGAGCUCUGCUCGAAAAAGGAGUUGAUGUGGAUGCUAAGGAUGAAGACGGGUACACCGCGCUACACUGCGCGGUGGAGUCUGGCCACGCAGACGUGAUAGAGUUGGUGGUAAAGAAAGGCGAAGCGGAUGUGGAAGCUCGGACGAAUAAGGGCGUUACUCCGCUACAAAUCGCGGAGUCGUUCGGUUAUAGCGGGAUCACUAGGGUGCUAAUUCAAGGUGGUGCUAUAAGAGAUUAUAAAAGUAAUAACAAUAAUAAGAAUAAUAAUAAUGAUAGUGAGAUUUCAAAAAAGAUGAUGAUUGUUUCAAUGGAAGAAGAUCAAGGGUUGAAGAAGAAGAAGAAAAGCAGGAUUAUUAGAGGAAGAGCAGCUCGUGGAAGCUUUGAUAGGUCAACAGCUUCGGUCAUGGUUUAAUGGUGUGUGGGUUGUGGUGUUUGAACAGAAAUGUAUAAUCAUUCGGUUUCUUUUUUUUUUUUUUGGUCAUGAUAUUCUUGAGAGUCUCUUGUUAAUUUGAACCUCAUAUGGACAUUUUGUUUAUGGUACUUUUCAAAUUUUGUAGAGAAUUUUUUCUUUUUUCUUUUUAAUGCUAGUGAAUAAUAAUGUAUUAUUAAUUACUUUUUUUUUUCGCUUUGGUCAAUGUUAAUUACAAAUACAUAGUUUAGCGAAUGAUCACUCUCAAAAUACUGUUUUUAUAAUAGUAGUAAUCUUUAAGAAUACACAAAUAUACUAGAAUUUAUAUGAAAUUAAAUAAAAAUAAAUUUAGCUCAAGAGUGAAUCAACCAUGAAUCUU